AAAAUCUUGAUCAUAUAUCCUUUGGAAUAAAAUUCAAAUCUUGUUUAAAGUUUUGAUAAGAUAUACAUUCAGAAAUUUUGUCAUAACCCUACGGAUAAGAAACCUAAUUACAGACUUCUUUGCGAUUCAACAAAUCCCAAAGUUUUGGGUUACAAAUUUAGAAAGACAUUCACCAUGGAUGAAAUCAAAAAGUUCGACAAGCACACCUUCCUAGAAAGCUACCUUCUCAAGCACAAGGAGCUUGGCAAGCGUCAGCGCGAGUACAAGAAAAUCCUGUCCAGCAAACUAAGGACACGUAAGGAAACGAUCAUCGAGGCCAGCUAUGAGACGGCCAUUGACCAGCUGGGGGAGGAGAAGAAUGAUCUGAGGGCUCAGAUAUGGGUGGCCAGUGGCACGACACACAAGAAACAGAAUAAUCGAUGGCUGGAACUGAUUCGCUGCCAUGUCGAGUGCCAGGAGAAUCUGUCGCAGGACAUCAACAACCUGAAGACUUCGAUUUCUAACAUGGAAAAGGAAAUCAGUCGCAUGUCUAAGCAAAUAUAUAAUCUUAAUCGUUUAACCAUUCCGGAUCAGCAACAUCAGGCCUAUGUGAUGAAGGCUCGCAAGAGGAUGACCAUUCUGGAGAACUCCCUGGAAGUGGGUGUACGUCAGGAAUGCGGUUUUACUGCAGCCAAUGCUGAUCUGCGCGAGCAGCUUAUCCGCAUCCUGAAUCACCGCACUUUCUUCAAUGAUUCCUAUACAAAAAUGGUGCAGAAACUUAAUAGCGAGAAGAAGUAUCUCAUAGAUCUGAUCGAAUAUGCUCUAAAUACCUUUGAUGGCUGCAUUGAGGUUUAUGAAAAGAUCGAUUUGUUGGCCAAAAGAGAAGCCAAGGAGCGGGAUCUGCGACGUGUGGAGAUGCAGGGCAUCAUGCGAAAGGUGGCUGCCGAUGGAGACAACACCGCUUUCCUCAACUGCAAAUCCAAACCCCGAGAACUGGCUGACUUGCAACCCAAGGAAUACAAGCGAAGGGACGAGUUCCGACGAGUGCACAACAAAAAGAUUAAUCUUUAUAACUCAGUGCUCCAGAAGAUCCUCCAGUACACCGAUUCCAACAAUAUGGACGAAGUGAUUGACAAGUUCCAGCAGCAGGAGAGUCUCUACUACUCCUUCUUCAACUAUGCCAACGAAAUGAGCUACCACAUCACGAUGCUUAACAACUCGGUGAAUCGCCUAUUUGAGGAUAUAGUAAACCUCAAAAAGGAUAACUCCAACACCCUUCAGGAUCAACUAGACCAGAUAGCCAGCCUGGAGAACAAGGUUCGCACUAAGCAGGAAUCCAACAUGGAGCUGCACAAGGCUAGGGAAAGCAACGAUGCCAGGUUGGAGAAUCUUCUGCAGGGCGUGGAGACCAUUUGUGAUAUGUGUUCCAUUGAUGCCAGCCCACUGACCAAGCUCCUGGGCGAUCACGCCCAUGUCAACCUGGUCAAUGUCAAUCGAUUCCUUAAGCUGCUCGAGGUAAGGGUCCAGGAACUGACGGCCAGCGUUUAUGUGAUGGAACGACAAGAGGAGGGUCGCUUCGAAUAUGUGGUCAAGCAGAUCGAGAAGAUCUGUGAAUUGCCCACCGAUCUUAAUGACAUUGUGCUGACCCAACAGUGUCCCGAAUGUGCUGAAGGAGAAGCCUUCAACAUGGAUGAGGGUGGCGAUGGUGUCCUUGUCCAUACGGUUAAGGAAGCCAAGAAGAAGCUGUAUGAGAAGGUCACGCAGCCGGAGAUGCAGUACCGCCUGCAUAGUAUCAGCCAGUGCCGUUUGCCACGUUCUCGUAUUUUGGCUGCCAAGCGUAAUAUGUAGAAUGUUAUCUAGUUUCUUUGGAUCAUUGGUGUGCCACAGACGCCCCAGGAAGAAGGUUCCUUAUGGUUUUCGUUUUAAUUUAAAUAUUUGUGCAAGAUUUUCUGGCUUGAGAUCUAACUUUAAAAUUCUCUGAAUCAUCCAUUUUCGAUCAAAAAUAAAUAAACAAAAGCUA